AUGCUCUUCAAAGUAGUAUAUGGAGGAAAGAAGAAAUUGGUUAAAAUUGACGGAGCAGAUUACAACAGUUUGAUGACAGAGGUCAAGAAGAAAUGUUCAAUCCAUGAGAAGGAUCUAAUUUUACAAGAUGACACUGGUGUGGAGGUAGAUGAGGAUGUAUUCACUGACCUGCUGCAGGAGAGAUCACACAAUAUACUUUGGAGAAUUGUUGACCAAGAUUCAGAAUGCCCAGUCCUCGAUUCCUCUUGUAGCUCACAAACUGACACACUAUCACUGUCUUCUGAGACUGAUGACAGUGCUGGACCAAGCUCCAAGAGACCUCGAUUUGACGAGACUUUUGAGGCAAAACAGUUUGUCAAUAGAAUUAUGGAGGAAAAGGCAGGAGGACCUGCGAUUUUGGCUGAAUAUAAAGAACAUGGCAAACUCAAAGACUCAACACGGCGACACUUAGUCAAUAUUGUAGUUGCAUACAUAACUGACAAAGAAGGACGCGUCCCUUCCAAAGAAACAAAAAUUUGUUGUGCUUUGGGAAUUGUAACACUAUUCCCAUCACUGAAGGAUCCAUACUCAACAACUGGAUAUGUACUUCAAGACUUUAACAUCAAAUUUGGCACAGAAACAGCUUCCAGACUUCUUGAACAAUGGGACGGUCUAAAGCCCAAGGUCAUCUCAGAGGCAAAAACCCUUACUUCCAACUUGCAUCUCAACAGCCUGCUUGCAGCUGCACAGGGAUGGGACAGCGACAUGUCCUCUAUUUUACUCCUGGCCUACUUUUUGCCACCUUCAGCUGGUGGUAGGAACAAAUCCACCAAGAUAAGCAUCCAGGAGGCUAUGGACUAUAUCGUGCAGUUUCACAAGUCUUGCCGCAGUCUAACUGAACACAUUGAGAAGACUGAGGGUCUUCAACCACAUCUCCUUGCAGUUGGCUCGGCAAAGAACAACAUCCACAAUUUCUAUAUUGUGUUGGAUGGACAACUCAUCCCAUGCCAGGCAAAGUCUUCCCUUGCUGCUUUUGAUGAACUUUUUGUCUUUAGUGUGUCAUACCCCCACUGCUUAAAUGCCAUGUAUACGUUCAUCCAGACAACAGUAUACAAGAUUGAUAUUGGCACAGUUCGUGAAACCCCAAGGGUUAAGGACCUACGAUCCAAACUUUUGAACUAG